AUGCCAACCCGGUCACCCUCGCCAGUUUCAAGUCACGCGACACCAAUGGAGCCCAAACAAUCCAAACCCAAGUCGGUGGCUCAGCGCAGAGUGUACGGGAAACGAAAAGCAAAUGCCCCCAGGGCAGUAUUUGACCAAGGAAGCCCAGCGAGAGAAACCAGAUCCAGAAAACAUGUCGACCCCGUGGAAAGUCUCCAAGCGAAACUAGCCCAAGUGACAAUCGAUGAUAGCGUGACCCCCCAGCCAGACAAUCAUGCAGAGCCUCCAAAGGCCGAGAGCAAACAGCAGCACAGCUUGGUGGAAAUCCCCUCGGAUGAAUCGAGUCCGUCCACAAUAGAGGACACUUCGGACACCCCGACGACGCAAUCCUCCGUCGAAUCCUCCCCGGAGGCGAAGCCAAAACCGAAGCAAUGCGAAAUGAUGGUAGAGGUCAGAAUAUGCCCGAAGGCUCCAGAAACUCUCCCUCAAAUUACAUCAGAUUCCCCGGUUCCGACGUCAGAGUCCGCAAGCAAAGGUCGAGAAAACCCAAGUACAUCUUCCGACAGAAGGAGAGCGGAAAGAAAGAAGAUUCCUGCGCCCAGGCGGUCAUCUGGAGUCGUGCACGACAGCGAAGCCAUCGAUUAUGUUGGUCCAAUUCUAAGUGAGGCACUGUCUCCAAUUGCCGCGCAAGGCAUUCAGAAGUUCGGCUCAUGGGCUUCGCGAUCAGCAAACAUGUUCGAUGUCGCAAAACUCGCGGAGGGAUCUUACGGUGAAGUCUACAAACUUCAUCUGCGGGAGGAAGCUUGUAGGCCAAUGGUUUCAAAAUCAAAGUUGGCUAAACUGAAAUCAUAUGGCGAUGGAGUCUUCAAAGUCGUGCCUCUGCGAGCCAAGAGCGGUCCCGGAUCCAAAAAGUUCACCACCAUUGACGAGAUUGUUUCUGAAGUCAAGAUGCUCAAGUAUCUGGACCCCAUCCCUGGCUUUGCUCGCUUCAGAGAGAUUCAUGUUGUUCAAGGUCGUUUCCCAGAGUCAUUCCAAAAUGCAUGGGAUCACUACAAGAAGACCAAAGACGACUGCAUGAACCCCAACCCCUCCAACAAAAGAGCUUAUCCCGAUACGCAGCUAUGGGCCAUUGUGGAGAUGGAUGACGCGGGAUGUGAGCUGGAGAAGUUCGCUUGGUCUUCGAUUUUCCAGAUAUAUGAUAUCUUCUGGGGAGUUGCCAUGGCUCUGGCUCGGGCAGAGGAGUAUGCUAUGUUCGAACAUCGAGAUCUUCAUUUGGGAAAUGUUUGUAUACGCUCUACGCGGGAAGAUGGCUGCAUGGAUCCCCCCACAGAACUCGAUAUUGCACGCCAGCCAUCCUCCAGUGGAUUUGGAAUAAGCUCCCUUGAAACUACCAUUAUUGACUACUCCCUCUCUCGGGCGGAUCUACUCCUAACCGAUGAUCCCACCGGUCUCACGGAGGUUGCGUCUUCAGACCUGGACAAGAAGCAAUUGUUCGAUGCUAUUGGUCAAGAUGAAGACGAGAUUAUGCAAAGAAACACCUACCGAUAUAUGCGUGCAACGCUCUAUACUGGUUGCCCCAUAGAAACAGAAAAGAUGGCGGAUAUUCCUGGUAUUUGGGCAGAGUACUCCCCACGGACCAACUUAGUCUGGCUACUGUUCUUGCUUCAGAGUCUGUUCAAGAACCGCAAACCGGAAGCAUCGCCUGCACAAACACAGCGAAAGGCUCUUGCAUCUUGCUCGCCCAACAAGAUGACACCAAAGAUGGAGACAGGCAAAGGGAAAGACCAAAACAUGACCAAAUCCCUCGUCAAGGAGAGACAGAUUAAGGAUGUCCAGGCUGGUAUUUUCCGGCUCAAGCAAACACUGGAGGGCAGGCUGAAAGCCGUUCUCGAACUUCUCGAUUUGGAGCAUGGACAUGAAGACAUGUGUUGCGCCGCAGAUUUGGUGGCCUACGCGAUGGAUUCGCAAUGGCUGGGCGAACAGGACUUUUUCUGA